UGUACACUGCAGUCAACUCCAGGAUCCCUACAUAGCUCAUGGGCAAACAGCCACCUUAACCACCAUGAUACACUCAGAGCAACUGUAAAGGCACGACUAAUGACUGGUACAUACAUCCUCCAGUCCAACAGAGCUGCUCUUAAUCAGUAUAGAGUCGACCCCACCUCUCAGUUGUGUCUUAUCUCUUCAGAAACCCCAGCUCACUUUGUUACCAACUGUCCUGCAUUAUCAAAAACUAGAGCAAAACACCUCCAAACCCUAGAACACAUCAUUCCAUCCCCCCUCUUCAUAGCCAUAACCCAAGACAAUGACACUCUCACUCACAUUACCAUUGAUCCCACCUAUACCAUCUCUACCCCAAGAUAUCCAUCACAAUAGAGGAUCUGGAGCUCUGGGCAAGACAAUACAUAUAUGCACUACACACCAAACGUGCAUUUAUACUUGGACUCAAUACAGUGACAAAAAGCCUAAAGAAGAGGCCAAAAACUAAGAAACACUUAAACUAGACUGCACAACAAGUGCUGCCGCAAACAAAUAAGUUCGGGAAGAACAAUACAACAAAAACAAGAAGGCUCUUAAUUUCUUGAAGUAUGGAUUUUUGGAAUUUUUGUCCUACCGCAAUUGCAAAAUUGCUGCAUAAUUUGUAUUUUCCCCCGCAUAAUUUCAACUUUUUGCCUGCAUAAUUCUGGGAGGUCUGAUAAACAUUUCAAGAUAAAGGGCAAACGUUUAGGUUCAUAAAUAUGUAAAAGGCUUAUCCCCUUAUACCUUUUUUAUACCAUAGCUUUUUCUACUCUAAGUUCUACUUGUUCUAAAUACUUGGAGAUUACACAUUGGAAAUG